AUUAGCAAUGAUACAGUUAGAAAAUAUGUCAAUAAGAUCGGAUUUACUUUGAAGCGAUUAGUAAUUAUACCUCAUAAACAUAAUACUUCUAAUACAAUUCUGGAUAGAAAAAGAUAUGUUGAAAAAAUUCAUCAAAAAGUUAUUGACAUGUUGGAAGAUGCAAUUUAUAUUAAUGAAACUGGAUUUAAUUUGCACUUAUCUUCUUCCCGUGGCCGUUCACUUCGGGGACAACCUGCAGUUCAAGUGGUAGAAACACAAAGAGGAAAAAAUAUUACAGUUAUUGCAGCAAUCAACAAAAAUGGUGUUUUAAAUUACACCGCAUAUUUGGGAUCAGCUAAUGCUGAUACUUUUGCUGAAUUCAUUCAAGAGCUUAUUUUCUUAGUUCCUACAAAUAAAAAAAAAUUUUUAAUUAUGGAUAAUGCAGUGAUCCAUCACGCAUACAUUGUAAAAGAUAUUGUUGAAGACUCAUCUCAUGAAAUUUUCUAUCUUCCCCCCUAUUCGCCAUUUUUGAAUCCGAUUGAAAGUACUUUUUCUAAAGUUAAGGACCUUGUAGCACGAAACAAAAUUAGAGAUCAUGAAACUAUUUUGAGUAGGAUUGCUAACGCAUUUGAUGCAGUAUUCGAGGAAGAUUGCCUUGGGUGGAUUCGACAUACUAUGACCUAUUUUGAUAGAUGCUUGAAUCAAGAAGAAAUUGAU